AUGAAUAAAUUGCUUUUAGUGGUAACUUUGACCACGUUUAUAGUCGGGUCUUAUCAGACCCCAACCGGCUUCAAGUCCAACGAUGAUCUCAUAGACUACGCCGGCAAAAACUUUGACGACUCGUAUCCGGAAAACUACUUAAGAGGACUGUUAGGCGUGCGAUCGCUGCGUGACAUCCCAUACCCGAAACAACCCGAAGUGGAUCCCGACCUCGAGAUCCCGGAGUCGUUUGACGCUCGAGAACAGUGGCCGAACUGCCCGUCCAUUCGGGAGGUUCGCGAUCAGGGCUCGUGUGGCUCGUGCUGGGCGUUCGCCACCGUCGAGGCCAUCAGUGACCGCAUAUGCAUCGCAUCGAAGGGCAAACAAAAAGUAGAGGUGUCCGCUGAAAAUUUGGUGGCCUGUUGUAGCGCUUGCGGUAUGGGAUGUUCGGGCGGUUGGCCGGAGCAGGCCUGGAGUUAUUACAGACACACCGGUCUAGUGUCGGGCGGUCUGUACGACUCGCACGUCGGUUGUCAGCCAUACUCUAUCAACGCGUGCGAACACCACGUGUCCGGACAUCUGCCGCCCUGUGAUAAGGAGCUCCGGCCGACACCCAAAUGCCAGCACACGUGCGAAGCCGGCUAUAAUGUCACCUACACUAAAGACUUGCAUUUUGGCCAAAGCAGCUAUGGUUUCAGUAACCAGAACAAACAGGUGCAGGCUGAUAUUAUGAAAAAUGGUCCUGUUGUGGCCGCAUUCAAUGUUUACCCCGAUUUUCUGACCUACAAGUCCGGUGUCUACCACCACGUGGGCGGCGGUUCGCCCGGCGGUCACGCCGUGAAGAUCAUUGGAUGGGGUGUUGAGUCGGGUGUGGACUACUGGCUGGUGGCCAACUCAUGGAACCCCGAUUGGGGAGAUAAGGGUUACUUUAAGAUCCGUCGGGGACAUAAUGAGUGCCAGUUUGAGAGCGACAUUAGCGCCGGUUUACCCAAAUUGUAAAACAAAUGUAUAGUUUUAAUGUAAAUUUAAUAAAAAUUUAAAAAUGUUAUUUGUGCACUUCUAAACAAGAUCACUGUAAUUGUGCUUAUUGCAAUACAGUGU